AUGGCAGCAUUACUAUUGGCAACCCGUCACGGACCUUCGUUCCGUUCUAUGGUUCCUAACGUAUGGAUUCUGUCUUGGCUAGUCAGCUAUCAACGGAAAAGCACCAACAUCAGUGCGGUCGAUUCCUUUAUCAGUGAGCUGAUGGAAAACAAAAAGCUAAAGUGGAAAGUGCUAAACAGUCGACAACGCAAUGGUAAAAUGAAAUCACAAAUCUCCGAUUAUGAUGUGGCAACUAGUGCACGCAUUCCUACGGACACAAUGUUACGCUCCACGUUUCGGCUCAGUGAGCUGUACAAUGAACUGACGAAUAAUCCACUAGUCGUUAACAUCAGCCAGAUGGAAGUGUCCCAGGUGGAUCACCUACUCGGAACGGCAUUGAAUGAACAGAAUGCGGAGGACGUAAAACGUUUACUAUUACAAAUAUUGGAGUACGAAAAAUUACCCUCUCUGCCGGUAUUUAACGCCACACUUAAAUAUUUGACGCUCCAAACACAAAUGGAAUCGAUAGAACAGUUGGCCGUACUCUACUUGCAAUAUCAUCCAGAGCAGAACAGCACGGCAAUCGGCAGAUUCGAACACUAUAAAGCACUAUGUCAAUGGAAGCUGGGAAAUACACUGAAAUCCCUGGAAAUUUUUCGUAUCAUAAUGGUCGACUGUAACGAGGAACAGUUGCUAACCGUCGAUCAUAUGCUGCUGGAAAUGAUCGAUGAGACGAUUGGCAGAAAGAGUGAAGCCGUUUUGCUUGCGGUAAUAAACUUUUGCGAAUUUUGUUUAAUAGAACUGGGCCACGAUUUUCCCAUCUGUUACGUGUGGGAAAAGAGUUUCUUGAGUUCCUGGCACAGUGAUCAAGAGGCAGCCAAAGCGUUGUUCGAUAGGCACGGUGCCCUAAGAGAAGCUGUCAGCAGAAGGACUACAAAUCUUUGUUAUAAACUGUUGUACAACAACAAUGUGGAGAAAGUUUACCAACUAAUUGAACUGUUUCUGAAGCAUGACAUGAAAGCGGAAUGUAAAUCUAUGCUGAUCAGGCUGUUUGAAUAUCAGUAUUGGCGCAAAAACUUGAGAGGAUGUUCGGAAAUUAUGCAAAACGCCAUCGAUCUCAAUAUUUCUCUCCCCGAGAUGUGCAAUCGCCACUUGUUGGAGCUUCUGAUCGGACGCACAACGACAGGAUUGGAACAGCGGGAUGCUUCGAAGCAGUCGAAAAACUUAAAACCAAACAAAUACGAACUGAAAUUCUAA